CGCAUUUUAAUACAAAUCAAAUCUAUCCUUUGGGGAAAUCUGUGAAGAAAAUGUCAGACUAUUUUAUUUCACUCAUUAUAACAUGCUUGUUUGUGUCAAGGUGAACAUCUUGAAACGCGAUUUCGAAUACAUUACCGUGUACUCAGCGCGGUAAGGCAUUAAAGCGUUGGUUGUGCAAUAUUUAAUGUUAAGCUUAUAAUAAUGGAUACUGAGAGUGAAGUAUCACGUAGUGUCAGUGAUGGAAAUCACCCUAUACGCCAUAUUUUGUUUGAGAAAGAGACAUGUCAUCGGUCCACAAUUUACAGAAGAAAUAAAAGAUUAAAGUUGCAAUUGCUCGGUGAUCUUGCUAAAAGAAUAACUCCCGACCACAGAAUUGGAGCUGGUGAAUGUCCGCUAGAUCCAACUCCUAGUAGCACAGAAAAUAUGCAUGCUGACAUGAAAAAAACCCCACCAAGUGAUACAUUUGAUGCGGCAGCGUCCGGGGAUAAAUCUUCUAGAAAUAACACAAAUGAAAGGAAUUCGAAGGCGAACCUUGAGGCUACAGUCAUAAAGAUUAUGAUGACCACCAACACUUCAAUUGCUGAUGGCGAGAAGAUAAUGCGACUGUUUAAACGGCAUCUACCAAAUUUACCAACAAAUAUAAGAAAGCUUUUGAAAAUUAGUGAAUCCUGCCCAUCAACUGCUAUCGCUAAGGACGUCGCUGACCAUAGUCUUCGGGAUGCCUUUUCAGCCCUCCCAUAUAAGUCACAUUUGUACGAAAACAAGGGAAGGGUGAGGAGUGCUACUACAAGUACCCCAAUUAUAUCACCCAAGGAUGUUGGCGCACCUCAAGACUGCAGUAAUUCCUAUAAAAAUUUGGAAGCGGCUGUGAAGACACUUUGUGAAUCGAAUAUAAAGAUGGUCCAGUGUAUCGACUCCAUGCUUACAAUUAUCAAUCAACGCACGAUUGGUGAUUACGAACAUGAUGUUGUUAAGCUACCGAUUAAAUCAUUGGCUGUGCUGCAAAUUUUCGAUAGCAAACUGAAACAUAGGCAGUAUUUUGAACAAAUAAUGUGCCAACUUUCAUUCAAGGUACAAAAUGACGCUAUGAGAUCUACCCGUCGUUUGUUGAGUACAAUCCUUGAUAAAAGCCUGGCAAGAAUGAUGACUUACAAGGGUACUUCAAACAAGAUUGGUGUCUGCAACUAUAGCUUUUUCCAAAUUAUAAUUGAUGUCAUCAUUCGUAAACAGUUAGGACUUGGACGCAACGAGAAGGAAACACUUGAUGCGAUAGUCAAAGCCACUAAAAAUUGGUGUCAUGAUCAACGGCUUCGAAAAAAAAGGAUCACUUAUCAGAAGAGCUAAACAACUAAGAGGUGACAAACAGAAACGUGUUAAUGCCAGUCAGCUCCAACGAUGGGUACAGUGGGACAAGCCGAUCAGUAACAAUCCUCAACUAGAGGAUGCAGCACCCAGAAGGCCGGAACGUCUGCGUAUGAAGCUAUUUGACGGGGGGACGAGUGUGGUGAGAGCAGGCUGCUAGCCAAUUGGUAGACAUUAAUCGACGCUGAUUGGUAGAUAUUAAUCUAGGCUGAUUCAACAACCAAUCACAGCAGACUUAAACGUGGGCAAAUAUGAUUCGCAGAUAAAUGACUCUACUUUCCGAAAUUUAUCGAAAACAACCAAUCAGAAGACUGUGUUUGUCUGCUUGCAUAAGCCUUAACAAUGUACAUAAAAUAUAUAUAAAUACGCGUUGAUUUUCGUAAUAAAACGAUCUG